UCCCACGGGGUGGGUGCGUCGCUCGCAUACAGUUUUGCCGCCAAAAUUUUGCGAAAAUUCUAAAAUACAAUUACGUUAUUAAAAAUAUAUUGAACUGUAAACAAAUUAGUACAUAAUUUGUGUUCAUAAAUAAAGCAGGAAAAGUAAAAAAGUGAAUAAAUAUAUUAAGUGGAACUUAAUUAUUUCUCAUUAACUGUCAAUUAAUUAGUAGGUGUAUGUGAAUUGAUAUAAUAAUGAGAGUUAAUAAUAAAUUAAUAAUAUUUUUUUUCUCAUAAAAUUAUAAUUAAUUUAGUGGACUUCUAGAACAUGUAAACAUAAUGUUACAGUAUGUGUUGCGUGCAGUGUUUUAAUGUGAAAAUGAAAUAGACUUAUACUAUGUAAUAAUAUAAAUAUUUAUUUAUUGUUUUGCUUACAUUAAAAAUAAAUUUUAUGCCAAAUAAUAAAUUUAUAAUAGUAAUAAGUAAUAUGUAAAAAUAAAUUUUUAUUUCUUAGUAACAAAAACAAUAAAUUAAUACGAUUAUAAUAAGACCAGUGGACUCGUGAAAAACUUUUAUUAAUGAAAAAAAAAUUAUGACAGUUAUAAUAGACUUUUGGAGUGAACUUAUGGAGAUUAGCAACAAAAUAAGCUGUAAUAAAACAAACGUUACAUAUGAAACAACUACACUACAUAAUUCUGUAGAAGCCUAACUUCUAGGCAGUACCAUACAAAACUAUAUGAUGUAUACAAUUAAAGGAGUACUAAAUUGUGUCAUUCUAUCACUGAAAUGAACAGAUUUGACAACACUUCUAAACAAGAGAGAGACGACGAUAAUGCUAAAGGCAAUUGUACUAAACAAACCAAAAUAUUGGAGCUGGAUCUGGAUUAUCUGGAGCGCGGUGGAGGUGGUACCCUGACGGUUGGGGGGGCUCCCAGCGUGGAGCCCAGCCCCGACAGCCUCGACCUCAUCAAAGUCGUGCUGUUGGGAGCACCAGCUGUUGGGAAAACAAGUAUUAUUCAGCAAUUUGUCUGGAGCGACUUCUCAGAAGAAUAUGUGCCGACUGACCGUAAGCACACGUUCUACCCAUCGGUGAUCAUCAACGAACACCUCUACGAAGUGAAGAUUACCGAUGUCCCUGUUAUCCCAUACUUUCCCAUCAAUUCGUACUACGAAUGGGCGCAUUACAGGUUUUAUGGGUUGAGAAACGCCACUGCCUAUAUCCUUGUCUUCGAUCUGUCUAAUGUUGAAACGUUUCAGUACAUAAGAACACUGAGAGAACAAAUGGUGGAGAGCAGAGAUAUGAGGAACGUACCUGUCCUCGUUGUUGGGAAUAAACAGGAUCUGCUAUGCAGUAACACACCGUCGGCGGCCAGCGGCUUGCAGCAGCUUGCGAUCGCUGAAAGCGCUUGCGGUGACUCCAGAGAGAAACGUCGUAAUAUAGUAAAUUUAGUUCGUAAGCAUUGGAAGUGUGGUUAUGUGGAAUGUUCAGCGAAGUAUAACUGGCGAGUGAUUGCUGUAUUUAAGGAGCUGAUGGAAAUGAUUGAUGCUCUAGAAUGGAGCGGAGGGGGGAGGACUUCAGAGCCUAUGCCGGACUCGUCGGCUGGUGGGGGGGCUGGGUCUCAUGAGAACAGAUGUGUGGUUGCUUAGCACUGCUAGAUUGUGGAUUAGGGAACAUAAAACGUAUAGACGUGAGGUUUCAUUACUUAUUAUUUAUAUUCAUUUAAAAUUCUUUUUUUAUAAUUUGUAGAUACAUGUAGUAAUUUUUCGCUAUAAAAAAAAUUAUAGUACGUACCUUUUUUAUGUUUUUUUAUUCAUACAACAAGAACACGUGUGACUGGAUUUAAAUUAAUCCAAAAUUCCAAUUUGUUCUAAUAUUCGUUGAAAUUGUAAAAUAAAUGGGUGUUAUCUCUCGUAUUGCUUAAUUUCAAAUAAUAAUAGAAUGUUAAUUUCUAAAUCAAAUGACUUGAUUAAACCAUCUAGCUUUAAAUGAAGUUAGCUAACAACGUUCGUUCAAGAUGUAACUCUAUUGCUUUAAUAUUAAGUUACAUUUUAAUUAACAAACCGUAAAAUACAAUUAUUUCUUAAAAUUAAUAUCUGAAAAUUCAUGGAUACUUUGUAAUUUGGACUUUACAGAAUAACAAAUAAAGUUGAGAUACAUAAUAUAUUCAGAAUAUGGCUCCUGAAGUGCCAAUAUAAAAUUGCGCAGUAAUUUUUUUAAACGAGUCUCUAGCGUAUCUUGAGACAGGAUCAGUAUAUAGCUUUGCUAAUAUCUUUAAAACAUAUACACCUAAGUAAUUUAUUUUUAGUUAAUUAACCACUUGGAAAGCACAGAAUGUCAAAUUUUUAAUUUUUUUUUAUUAUUACUUUCCUACUUAUAUAUAAAUUGAGAAUAUGCUAACCAAUUGUCAACUUUAUCUAACAAUACUUCAAGCUUUAAAUUGUAAUGGUUUGAAAAUGUUAUUUUCCAGGGUACUUUUACACUUUUCUACUAUUGUCUUGUUGUAGAGGUUCUUCGAAUUUGUAUUUAAUAGCAAAAUCUUAAUAGGAAAUUAAAAAGCAAAUAGUUUUAUUCGUAUAGAUACCAUCAUAGGUAAUUCGAUGAAAAUAAACAAAACUUUAAACAAAGUUCGAAUGGUUUUAAGAAAAACAAAUAAAAAUAUGGAGACCUUUCGAAAAGAAAGUUAUAAUUAUAUAAUGUUAAUAUUUGAGACAUGAAUAAAUCUAAUUUUUUUUUUCUUAAUUUAUUAUGCGUAAUUACAAUGGUACUCUGUCGCUUCAAUUAUUUAUAAGUUUCAAGAGCAAAAUUAUUUUAAAUUAUGAAAUUUGUUACUAUGACAGAGUAUUUAGGUUUGAAUUAUUUGUAGUUAUUAUUUGUAACUCUCUUAAUUUUAUUGGUUGUUUAAAUAGAAAUAAAUUGUAUAUAAAAUAAAUACUGUCAACCAUAGACUUAUUAUAAUUAUUACUACAUUGUAUUAUAUGGUUUUUAAGAAUGUUAGAGUGCAUUAAUCUAUCUAUGGGUCUUUAUGGCCGUUAAAUAUUUACUCUGUGUUGUGCUUCUUACCCAUGUGCUUCCUCUACUGUUGUACGCUAGUCGUUAUUUUAAAACUAUAUAAAAUUUAUAAUAAUUUAUAUCGGUUUUACGUACUUAUCUUUGGAGUUCAACUGGAUGAAAAUGGAGUGGUAACCUCGCCUGUACUAUCGGCAUGCACACACUGGUGAGAUAUCGAUUUAUUAUAAUAUUAUUAAUAUUAUAACUAUAAUCUAACUCCCUUAUUCAUAAAAAUAUCAAAGCUUUUAUAAACCUGUUUUAGCUAUUUAACUGUUCUGACUCUUUUUUUUUUGUGCUAAAUUCCUAACUUGAAAGUCAGUGAUAAAUUCCUAACUUGAAAGUCAGUAAUAAAUUCCUUACUUGAAAGUCAGUAAUAAAUUCUUAACUUGAAAGUCAGUAAUAAAUUCCUAACUUCAAAGUCACAGUAAAUUAUUAAAAUGGGUUUGUAGGACGUCUUAGUUUUUAUGAAUAAAGGGGUAAGGUUAUAACCAAUGAUUUAAAUUUUAAUAAAUAAUUGACUAAAUAGUUAAUCAAGAUUGAUUUGUUUAAUCGUAAUCGGUUAUAUUGUUAAUUGAUCGAUAGUAUUGCUUUGAACUCGCUGUCGUAAUGAAAUAAUAUAUAUGUUAAUAGUAUUAUUAUAUUGAUACUACCGAUUUAUUAGAUGCUAUUGACAAAUUGUUUCUUACUGUGCACGUUUCAUCAUCAUCAUCAUCAAUCAUUUUGUCAUUUGAUAGAAGAUACACGAGUGAAACUAAUAUAAAUUAUUAUAAUUUAAUUUAUCACAGUAUACCACAUGUACCAUUUAGGAGUUUAUACUUAUUUUUAAUACAACACAGUGGUCUUGGUAAAGGUGUGCUAUCUUAAUUUUCUAUAAAUUUUACGGAAUUUACUAUAGACUUUAUGAUAAUUAUUAUAUUAUUGUUUAAUAAUUUUCUUUUAUUCUGAAAAAAAUAUAUGUUAAAUGAAUAUAUAUAACAGAAAUCUGUAAUACUUCAAUAUCAUUGCAUAGAAAACUGUAUUCAAGGUAAGUUGGGAUGUUGGGAGCGAACUAUUAUAUAAGAAGUAAAAGAAAGGCUUAAAAUUGUUUUAUUUACAAGCUUUUAUUUAAUUUGCAAUGUAUAUUAAGUAGAUUGCUCGGGUCAAAUCUUGCAAGAUAAAUUAGAGUUAGAACCACUUCUUAAUAUCUGAUUGAGCUCAAAUUUUAUAUACAUUAUUUAGUUCUGACGACAAUACAUUGUAAUAUUUUCAAAAUGGCCGCUGUCACAAAAUGGUGGAUCAUGUAUUUUUUUCAAUCACUUUAAAAGGGCUUAAAUAAAAGGGCUAUAAGAGUAGAAAACGAUAAAGUUAAUAACGUCACACUAAAUUCAAUAUGGCCUAUCUCUUUAAGAUGGCAGAUUAGAUUAUAAAAGCUUGAUUUUUAAAAGUUUUUAAAACAAAUUUGUAUGCCAUGAGUACUACGCCACAUGAGAGAAUUAUCCUGUUUCUUAAGUACUAUCGUACUUACCUCACUUACUUAUCGUUACCAUACACUUUUUCUUUUUCUUCGCACUGUCUCUAUUAAAAAUAUACAAAUUUGUGGUUAUAUCUAAUAAUAAUAGAUAAAAUAUGGAAACAACGCAUAUAAAAGGAGUACAACAUAAAAUAUUCCAGAAACUAAAGUCCGGGCUCACAAACUAAGCCAAUUUACAGCUUUAAGUGGCUUGUAUCAUAAGCUAGCUACAAGCUCUUGUACCAGCUUGCGGUGUGAGCCCAUUUCAUAGCUUGUCAACACUAAAUGGACGUAUAUUAAGCUGCGGUCACACUAAUCCUGUAUUGAAUCCUUUUAACCCAUAGAUAUGA